CUGACAUCGUCGAAUGAGGCAUCCUUACUGUUCUUGUUCUGUCAAGCAAGGAGGAUAGUAACUGCCUAGCAACUUGAACUUCUUCAAGCUCAUUCUAUUGUGACUGUGUCUGUUACGCCUAAAACAGGGCGACCAUGCUAGAGCUUACAUAAUCCAAUAAUGAGGCCUUAGCGCUUUUUCGCGAGUGGGUUCAAUGUUUUGGGAGAAACUUUCGAUAUGUUUGUCAAAGAAAGCUUCGCCAAUCUUGAGUUCAGAGACCCAGGAUAUGCCGAGAGUAGUAUGUCCAGGGUAUCAGGAAGUCAAGAUUCUUUUUUCGUGAAACUCUAGCGCCGUGCUCUGAGAGCUUUCGAAUUUACAAAGCAAGCCUUCAUCAACAAUGGACGCCGCAGGGGCUGGUGUCUCCCCUUCGAUAUCAUUCUCCGAGGAUGGGGACUAUGCUGCACAGCUGAAUGGCAAAGAGCUGGUGGUCCAUCUCAACCCCAGCUCUACAGACUUCAAGGAAGUACAGAUCGUGAAACUCAAAGAGAACGGCUCAAAGUUCCUAAAAUUCUCCCGCUCAAAGCCUGUUUUGCCAUCAAGCACUCACUCCUAUGGAGGGGUGAGCUUACCGGAGAGGCGUCUGCUGUGUGCUAAUGACGCCCGUGUCUCCGUCUGGCAGUUGGAAUCGUUGCAGCUGCAAGCGGAGAUCGAGAGCAUCGAGCCGGGAGCUACAUACGUCGACUUUGGCGGCGAUGAGAAUGAGAUCGUCUAUUUCCAUGCGUGGAACACCAAGAUUACUGUCUUUGGGCUGGACACAGGCCGCAGCCAGGUCAUCAAGGCACCCAAAUUCUCAAACAACCACGGUUUCGGUUAUCGCCCGAAGACCAGGCAGCUGGCCGUUCUUCUCAAACCAGAUGCUACUGACUUGCUGACCAUUCACGAGUUUCGGACUUACGAGCUGAUUGGGCGGGCGGUUCUGCCUACGAUGGAUGCCCAGGGGCUGAAGUGGAGUCCGGAUGGCAGAUGGAUCGCCGUGUGGGAUACUGCGAGUGCAGGCACGAGAGUACUCAUCUUCACGGCUGAUGGGCAGCUUUUUCGGACGUACACAGGACUUCCGGAGUCUGAUAGCUCUUUUGAUCUGGGUGUUCGAAGUAUCGAGUGGAGUCCUGUCGGCAGUGCACGCGGUGUCUCUGAGUUUCUGGCUGUUGGGAAAGUGGAUGGGUCUGUGGACAUCCUCAAGAGCAGAACUUUUUCUUGUUCAACGACUCUUUCGCAUGUUUUCUCAAUUGAACAGAACUCAGCCAGUGUCUGGAGAGAACGAGCAACCGAAGAUGGCACGCUGGAGUAUGCCGAAGCGUCAAGCUCUUCAGCAUUCGCUGCCAACUCUGAAAUGUCUGGGCCGCCUCGCGGUGUCGCAAACAUGGCGUUCAGUGCUAGCGGCACCCUUCUCAGCACUGUAGACCAAACGCGGCCAAACAUUGUCUGGAUCUGGGACAUGGAAUCCACUCCAGUCCUUCUGUCUGCCCUCGUCCACGAACAUACCAUCAGACAAGUGGUGUGGCAUCCCACAAAGGCGCAAUUGCUCAUUACUACUGCGAAUACUGCAUACUCUGCCGUCCGCUAUUGGUCACCCUACAGUCAACCCCUAACAGUGCGCAUUCCUAUCCCACGGACUGAGACUGGCAAAUACGAUGCAAGGUGGCUAUCGACAGAUCAAGACAAUGACUCGAGGUUCUGGUUCGGUACACCGGAGGACUAUGUGCUUGGCUUCAUUGAAGGGGUCGGUGAAGAGCCGCGAUUCCAUAUCCUUAAUACAAUCCGCAGCAAGCCCGCUGCGGGCAGUCCAGGGUUUAGGGCUACCCACCACGUGACGCUGAGUCAUCCCCCACUCGAAUUUCGCACUUGGGCACUCAAGUUUCCGGCCGUUCGCUCUGUUGUGCAGCUCUCCUCCGUCGAACAGCUACAUCAGAUCGUCAAAAUGGCUCCUACCAGAAAGAAGUGGUCCAAGGGCAAGGUUAAGGACAAGGCCCAGCACGCCGUCGUCCUUGAGAAGCAGGUCGCCGAGCGCCUCAACAAGGAUGUCCAGUCCUACCGUCUGAUCACUGUCGCCACCCUGGUCGAUCGUCUCAAGAUCAACGGCAGCUUGGCCCGCCAGUGCCUUGCUGACCUCGAGGAGAAGGGCCAGAUCAAGAAGGUUGUCAGCCACUCCAAGAUGACCGUCUACACCCGCGCCGUCACCGCCGAGUAAAUGUCUUGACGC